UUGUAAUGUAAUGUCAUACCUUAUCAAUAUUAGCAACAGACGUGUCCCAGGGAAUACAGAAGUAUGCGGCUGCUCCUCACCUUUGUCCUGUCUUACAGUAUCGUCUGCCUGAAUGGGAAUUAUACCACAACAGGUAAACACCUAAUUUACAAUUAACAUUUAUCUAACUUAAUAAAUAUUUAGAUGUUUGCAUAACACCACAUUAGGAGAAGUCUACAAGACAUAUCCUAUUGAAAAACUGGCACACAGCUGGGCCACGUUCAGAAGCUGAAUGUUAACAAAUGUUGCAGACAGAAAUGCUGUGAAUAGAGCAGACAUGAUUCCUUUGUUCUACAUGUCGGAGUUUGUUCUACAUAACAUAUUUCUAUCUGAACAUUACAAAACUUUGUGUCCUGCUGAACUCGCCUCUUUUUUAUAAGCUUUGUGUUAAUUAACUCAAUAAUCACCAUCACCUGUGUCAGGUUUAGUUCCACUGAUCAAGAACAACAAUAAAAAACGUGUCUUUUUAUUUUUAUAACAAUAAAUGGCAUGGGUUUGCGGUUAAACAAUUUGGAGGAUAAAUUAUCAACUUUAAAUAUGAGAAACAAAACAUUACCAUAAUUUGCUCAAUUAUCAAAUAAAUUGAAUAUUGACUGAUGGCUAUUGUAAGCUGAUGUCACGUUCGUUCAUUGACGGGUCAGACCAAGGCGCAGCGUGAUAUGCAUACAUGUUUAUUUAACGAUAAACACUCGACAAAACAACAAAGGAAACGAAACGUGAAGUCCAAGGUAGUACAGAAAACAAAACUUACACGGAACAAGAUCCCACAACUAGACAGUGCCACUAGGCUGCCUAAGUAUGGUCCCCAAUCAGAGACAACGAGCGACAGCUGCCUCUGAUUGGGAACCACACCGGCCAACAUAGAUGCACACAUACUAGAACACAAACAUAGAAAAAGCACAACAAGGAAUAUACACACCCUGACUCAACAUAUAAGCGUCCCCUGAGUCAGGGCGUGACAGUACCCCCCCCAAAGGUGCGGACUCUCCUUCCUCCCACGAUACGCCAGGCCCUGUCUGGACCCUGGUGUGGGAGACCCCGAACCUGGAGAGGGGCUGACGUCAUGGUCUGGACUGGAGCCGCUGACCGGAGCUGGACUGGGCACUGGUGGAGCGGACUGCUCUGGCUCCGGAGUAGAGCCGCUGACCGAAGCUGGAUCAGGCACCGGUGGAGCGGACUGCUCUGGCUCCGGAGUGGAGCCGCUGACCGGAGCUGGACUGGACCCCGGUGGAGCGGACUGCUCUGGCUCCGGAGUGGAGCAGCUGACCGGUGCCGGACCAGGCACCGGUGGAACGGGCACGGGCCGUGCCGGACUGGACAAAUGCACCACUGGUCUGGUGCGAGGAGCAGGCACGGGCCGGACCGGACUAGGAACACGCACCACUGGCUUGGUGCAAGGGACAGGAACGGGCCGGGCCGGACUGGCGACGCGCACCACUAGCUUGGUGCGAGGAGCAGGAACAGGCCGGGCCGGGCUGGCGACACGCACCACUGUCUUGGUGCGAGGAGAAGGAAAAGGCCGGGCCGGGCUGGCGACGCGCACCACUGGCUUGGUGCGAGGAACAGGCCGGGCCGGGCUGGCGACGUGCACCACUGGCUUGGUGCGAGGAGCAGGAACGGGCCGGGCCGGGCUGGCGACGCGCACCACUGACUUGGUGCGAGGAGCAGGAACGGGCCGUGCUGGCGACGCGCACCACAGGCUUGGUACGAGGAGCAGGAACGGGCUGGGCCGGACUGGGAACACGCACCACUGGCUUGGUGCGGGGAGCAGGAACGGGCCGGACCGGACUGGUGACACGCACCACUUGCUUGGUGCGAGGAGCAGGACUGGGUUCCUUUAUUAACUCCCGCUCCUUCUGCUGCCUAACCAGCUCCUCUCGCCGUGCCUCUACUUUUUCCUUCUCCCUUUUAGCCUCCUGUAGCGCCUCCCUCUGACCGAAUAACUCCUGCUCCCUCUGAGCCAACAGCCCCCGUAACAUGGUGGCCUCCUCUCCUAACCUGCAGAUCCGCCCUUUCACGGCCUCCUGCUGCCUCGUCGUCCACACCGUGUGGCCCCCCAAAAAGUUUUAUUGGGGUUGCCUCUCAGGUCUCCGUCGUCGGCACUGUUGGCGCCGUUUCUCCUCUCCUAGCUGGGCAUCCUCCUUCAUCGCCUUCCGAUAACGGACGGCCUCCUCCUCCGUAAUUCUCCCCCAACCGAGGAGGACAUCUACUAAUGUAACCUCCUGUUGAGUCCCAGGCGUUUGCUCCUUCUCGGCACGCUGCUUGGUCCUUGUUUGGUGGGAUCUUCUGUCACGUUCGUUCAUUGACGGGUCAGACCAAGGCGCAGCGUGAUAUGCAUACAUUUUUAUUUAACGAUAAACACUCGACAAAACAACAACUGAAACGAAACGUGAAGUCCAAGGUAGUACAGAAAACAAACCUUACACGGAACAACAUCCCACAACUAGACAGUGCCACUAGGCUGCCUAAGUAUGGUCCCCAAUCAGAGACAACGAGCGACAGCUGCCUCUGAUUGGGAACCACACCGGCCAACAUAGAUCCACACAUACUAGAACACAAACAUAGAAAAAGCACAACAAGGAAUAUACACACCCUGACUCAACAUAUAAGCGUCCCCUGAGUCAGGGCGUGACAGCUGAAGGUGUCUGUGCUGUGUAUUACAAUUUCUCUGUGUGAAAUAAAUGCGAUAUAGCAUACAUGUAAUUAAUUCUUUGCAAAAUACAUUUCACAUUUCUUUAUAAGGAAGUGUCUUACUUUGGUCACACCUCUGUUUAAUCCUACAGUGCAUCAAAACAUAAAAUGUAUAUAUUUGAAAUAUUGUCUUGAAUUUAUGUGUGAAUGGCGUAUUUCUCUGUGGUGUGUGAGAUAAGGAUAUUGUGGUUAGUGUAAAGCAGGGUUUCCCAAACUCACUCCUGCCCCCCCCGGAUGCACGUUUUGGUUUUUGCCCUAGCACUACACAUCUGAUUCAAAUUACCAACUCAUCAUCAAGCUUUCAUUUUUUUAAUCAGCUAUAUAGUGCUAGGGCAAAAAACAAAACGUGCACCCAGGGGGGGCCCCAGGACCGAGUUUGGGAAACCCAGGUGUAAAGCACCAUUGUGUGUUUGCAGUGCUUAAGUUGUAUUUCAUGUGGACUCUUCCAGGUCAUGAAUAUAACAUUGACUGUGUGAGUGAUUACCUGUUCACCAUUAACUGUUCCCUGAGAAUCCAGCCAGAGGUGGCUCAUGCAGACCAGUCCUCUUACUGGCUGCACUUUGAGGCCCUCUCUUUCGGGACGGUAUUUGAUGGGUGAGAUCCCCACUAUUUCAUAUUGCUCAAAUUUGAGUACAUUCAUUUAAAUGUAUUAGUAUAGUGGUUCUCAACCUGUUUGGUAACUGUACCCCUAAUCUACCCCCCUACCACAUUUGCUCUGCCUAGAGUACCGCCUAAGUAACCCCUCAUGUGCAUUUUACCAGUGGGCUAUGUUCUUAUUAGUCUUCCCAAGUAUCCCCUGUGGAUAGGCCAAGUACCCCAGGUUAAGAACCACUGUAUACGUACACAGUACACACCGAGGCAAUGUGUGUACAUUGUAUGUUAUAACUUUAUAUUGAUUCCUGCUUUAUUUUUUUCCUGCUCACUUCUACUCAUUACACAGUGUGAAGCUGAGGAAAAUGGAUGGCAAUUACUCCUGUUCAUUGGACACUUCACAUCCAGAUUCUACUGUUGAUCCAGAUCCUGAUGAGGAUCCAGAUUUUUUUUUUGACACUUCAAGAUUUAAGAUCACUCUCUAUCACAACAGAAGCAAUGGACAUAUAAGCGCCACCUUGCUGGAUAAGGAAUACAUGCCAGUAAAGCAUAGUAAGUGCUUAUUACAGUAUUACAAUACAAAUAUGACUUUGUGAUACGCCUACCCCUACCAAACUUCAAUUGACAAGCAUAGGUACUUGCUUGAAGUGGUUGGUUCAGAAGCUAGGUAACACUUUACUUUACAGUGCCAUUAUUACUGUGUAACUACUCAUGUAAUUACAGUAUAACAAGUAUUGCAAUUACAGCGUAAUAAUGAGUAAUUACAAUACUUGGUACUUUGUAAUUACCGGAAUCAUUACACAGUAAUAAUGGCACUGUAAAGUAAAGUAUAACCGGCCGGUCCUUGCCAUUCUACCGCCAUAGGCUAGACCAAAAAAUGCUGCCCCCCAAAACUAGAAUAGUCCCAGUAAGCAAAAUUACGUUGAAAAGACGUCAAAAAUACAUAUUUUCCAGACGUUGAAGUUAGGUUCAAUUUAGGUUCUGAAUGAAAGGUGAAAAGGUAUUUUCCAUAUGUUUAAAAUACAUAUUUUCCAGGACAUUGACAUCAGGUUAAUUUUGUAGUUCUGAAUGAAAGUUGCAAAUACUUAUUUUCCGGAUGUUGAAAAUAUGUAUUUUCCAGACGUUGAAAAUAUGUAUUUUCCGGAUGUUGAAAUCAGGCUCAUUUUUUGUUCUGAAUGAAAGUUGAAAAUAAGUAAUUUAUAGACUUCUAUGUUUGGGCCAAAUCAAGGCCAGCCUGGACCACAUCAAAUCUGAACCAAACAUAGACGUCUAUGAUUGGUUCAGAUGUGGACCAGAUGGACCAAAAAACUAUGUCCGUGGAUGUGGAAAUCAAGGCCGGUCCGGACUGCACCAAAAAAAGAGAACCACAAGUUGUUGGCGUCGGUCUGUGCUUACUGAGGUGUAGCCUAGAGUGUUGCCUGAAAUAUAAUUUUAUGAAUGCCUAUCUAUGUGGUAAGCAUUACAAAAAAAGAUUGCAGUUUUUAAACUGCAGUAAAAGUGCAGUAACUGCAGUCGACUGUGGUAUUUUGGACGCAGUAAUUGCAGAAUAGCUGCAGUGUACUGCAGUUGAACUGCAGUUAUACUUCACUGUAACUGCAGUUACCCUGCAAAAUUACUGUAGCAAAAAAAACAGUGUAAUUUUGGACGCAGUAUUUGAAGCAUACUGCAGUUAGACUGCAUUGUACUGCGGUUAUACUGCACUCCUCAUUCAUGUGACUAAUCAAUUUGGCUAUUUAAGCUCUGAAUAUCAGCUACCCAACUUCAUCAGGGGUUAUUGUGAGCCUAUUUGCAAUGUGUUUACACAGAAAUGCAGAAGUAUUUUUGCUAUGAUCAGCUUGUCAAGAAUUGACGGAUACAAUCUUGAAACCACUGAUCUUGACAAUGGGGUGAAACUCCUGGACAACAGUUGUGAUUGUCCAUUCCAUAUUGUCAAUUUUACCUUGACCUGUCCUGUUUGUAGGAUAUGUUGUUUGUUAACAUAACAGCAAAUUUUUUAUUGAUUGAGCACCAUUUAGGUUAGGCUAUUUCAUCGGAGAAACCUGUAUGAUGUAAAAAGUGUCCAUCUCAUUACAUUGUCAUACAUUUUAUCUCCAGCCUGUAGGCUACAGAAAAGGCCACAUACAGUUGAAGUCGGAAGUUUACAUACACUUAGGUUGGAGUCAUUAAAACUCGUUUAUCAACCACUCCACAAAUUUCUUGUUAACAAACUAUAGUUAUGGAAAGUCGGUUAGGACAUCUACUUUGUGCAUGACACAAGUAAUUUUUCCAACAAUUGUUUACAGACAGAUUAUUUCACUUAUAAUUCACUGUAUCACAAUUCCAGUGGGUCAGAAGUUUACAUACACUAAGUUGACUGUGCCUUUAAACAGCUUGGAAAAUUCCAGAAAAUUAUGUCAUGGCUUUAGAAGCUUCUGAUAGGCUAAUUGACAUAAUUUGAGUCAAUUGGAGGUGUACCUGUGGAUGUAUUUCAAGGCUUUCCUUCAAACUUAGUGCCUCUUUGCUUGACAUUAUGGGAAAAUCAAAAGACCUCAGAAAAAAUAUUGUAGACCUCCACAAGUCUGGUUCAUCCUUGGGAGCAAUUUCCAAACACCUGAAGGUACCACGUUCAUCUGUACAAACAAUAGUACGCAAGUAUAAACACCAUGGGACCACGCAGCCAUCAUACCGCUCAGGAAGGAGACGUGUUCUGUCUCCUAGAGAUUAACGUACUUUGGUGCGAAAAGUGCAAAUCAAUCCCAGAACAACAACAAAGGACCUUGUGAAGAUGCUGGAGGAAACAAGUACAAAAGUAUCUAUACCCACAGUAAAACGAGUCCUAUAUCGACAUAACCUGAAAGGCCGCUCAGCAAGGAAGAAGCCACUGCUCCAAAACCGCCAUAAAAAAGCCAGACUACGGUUUGCAACUGCACAUGGGGACAAAGAUCAUACUUUUUGGAGAAAUGUCCUCUGUUCUGAUGAAACAAAAAUAUAACUGUUUUGCCAUAAUGACCAUCGUUAUGUUUGGAGGAAAAAGGGGGUCCCUUACAAGCCGACGAACACCAUCCCAACCGUGAAGCACGGAGGUGGCAGCAUCAUGCUGUGGGGGUGCUUUGCUGCAGGAGGGACUGGUGCACUUUACAAAAUAGAUGGCAUCAUGAGGAAGGAAAAUUAUGUGGAUAUAUUGAAGCAACAUCUCAAGACAUCAGUCAGGAAGUUAAAGCUUGGUCGCAAAUGAGUCUUCCAAAUGGACAAUGACCCCAAGCAUACUUCCAAAGUUGUGGCAAAAUGGCUUAAGGACAUCAAAGUUAUGGUAUUGGAGUGGCCAUCACAAAGCCCUGACCUCAAUUCUAUAGAAAAUGUGUGGGCAGAACUGAAAAAGCGUGUGCGAGCAAGGAGGCCUACAAUCCUGACUCAGUUACACCAACUCUGCCAGGAGGAAUGGGCCAAAAUUCACCCAACUUAUUGUGGGAAGUUGUGGAAGGCUAUCUGAAACGUUUGAACCAAGUUAAACAAUUUAAAGGCAAUACUACCAAAUACUAAUUGAGUGUAUGUAAACUUCUGACCCACUGGGAAUGUGAUGAAAGUAAUAAAAGCUGAAAUAAAUCAUUCUCUCUACUAUUAUUCUGACAUUUGACAUUCUUAAAAUAAAGUGGUGAUCCUAACUGACCUAAGACAGGGCAUUUUUACUAGGAUUAAAUGUCAGGAAUUGUGAAAAACUGAGUUUAAGUGUAUUUGGCUAAGGUGUAUGUAAACUUCCGACUUCAACUGUACUCUUUCUACCAUAUCCUAUAUCUGCUACAUGAUUUAUGUUAGAUGAUUUUUGUUACGGAACGUUGGUGGAGCUGCGCAGCGAUGCGUCACUCCAACAGCACCCUGGAGAGGCGCGCUGGGAAUGGACAAGCAAAAUAUUUUGCGCCCCUGCCUUAUCACAGGCCGGCAUCAGCGCUCACCUAAAAAACCCACAUGCCAUUGGUUGAGAGAAAUUGUCAUUGUUUUUUCGUAGAAUUAUGUGAGAUUUUAUAUGUUGUUGUUGGAGAUGCGUCUUGGUCAGUUUAGCUCAGAAAAUGCCGCCCUCAUCAAUCUGCUGCCAUAGGCGACCGCCUAAUCCAGCCUAAUGAGCAGGCCGGCCGUGGGAAGCUUUUAUUUUUGUGGACACAUUCAUUCCAUCCCAAAUCUUUGACACAAGUGUCUUUCUCUCCCCAGUCAAACCCAAUGCACCAAUCAAUCUCACCAUCAACCAGAUGUCAAGUCAAUACUGCGUUACCUGGAUGAGUAGCUAUGAGAAAUAUUUAGAAUUUGGCAAUCUUCUGACUGACAACCUGAAUUACGAACUCAGGUUCUACAGAAGUGGUCACCAAAUCUACGUAAGACCCUCAAAUCCUGCUAAAGAUGUUUCUAAAAUAAAACUGGAGAAUAAAUACAUCUAUUUCCUCAUAUUAUUCCCCACAGGUUGUCAAAGCUCCCCACUCAACUAACAUCUCAAGGAACGUUGAAGAAUUUGAGCCAGACACAGAGUACACUGUAAAAGUGAGGUCCAUCCCCAACCAACAACUGUUUCAAGGCCAGUGGAGUGAAUGGUCAUCAGAGGUUCAUUGGAGGACUGAUCCCAUACAAAAAGGUAUAGUUCUGUCAAGACAUCAGGAACAUUACUAGAAACAUUUGAGCCCACUGCUUGCCUGUUUUGUGUUUCUUCAGGCUAAUGCUGUUUCAAUGUUCUUUGUCCCCUCAGUUGCAGAACUUCCAACAAACACAUUUACUGCCAUCUUAUGUGUGCUGGUUCCAGUACUGCUAAUUCUGUGCUACAUUCCAAUUGUAAGGUAAGUUUGGAUUACCUUAUCUUUGGUGACAUCUACAGUGUAUGGAAGAACAGAUGCAUGUCUUAUAUCAUGUAAUUCAUGGGGUGUGGAAACUUCUCAUAUGUUGCAGGUUGAAUAAAUCCGCCUUCAUCCCAACUCCAGCACCAUACUUCCAGUCCCUUUAUACUGACUGUGAGGGGGACUUCAGGGUAAGGAAGUCUUAUGUCACCCUUGAUGCAUUAAUACUUCUCACUGAGACAUGAACAUUACACUAACAAACUUAUUGUGGUUGUAGAGCUGGGUUGUGACCCCAGGCUAUGGGGCAGACCUACUCAAGACAGAGGAAACCUUGCAAAUCGACACCCUGACUGAGAUCGUACCUGUCCUGGAUGAUGACCACUCCUCACUGGUGCCCCAUCACAUGAUCCAGGAGGGCCCCAGUGACAACCUGUCUAACCCAGCGUCUGAUGCGCUUUUCCUGGGCAUUGCUUAUGCUGUAUCUCUGGGGUCACCACUCCCGGCACCCAGAGGCCCACUGAAGAGUGUGUCUCUGAGUGAGCCAGAGAGCACCAUCGAAGCAGACUCGGGGUGUUGGCUGCACAGCACCACAUCUCUGGAGCGGGAGAAUGCCUGGUACAGCAAUGUGUACAGCAGCAGUGACUACUGCACCCUUUCGGACACUGGGAAUUGUCCGGAAGUUACCCCUAGAGUCUAUUGACGCACCGGUGCGUCAAUCU